AGUACAGCAUCCUUCAGUUUUAGAUCUAAUGUUUUGUUUUGAAUUUGUGUUUGUUGUGUUGCUUGAUCUUUCGCUUAACCUUUGAUUGUCAUAGUUUCUUUCUUCGUAAUAUGUCGUUGCUCACACAAUUCCUCAAAUCAGUCCAGUACAUAAAUAGUUUGUGUGUAAGAGAGUGAUGCGCCAAUCAUCAUAAUUUGUAUAGUUUGUCAACGCAAAGAUUACCGCACUUUGUACUAAACUAGUAAAAUAAAUUGAUAAGAAGAUAAGGCGUAAGAUUAGAAGUAAUAAGUGUAAAUGAAAUAAAUAACAGCAAAACGUUAAUCUAUUGAAUACUCUCCACGUUCAGUAUGGCGUCAAGGAAUAGAAUAUUUGAUUUGUUGCGCACUAUAAAUGUAGCAUCAUGUCAAUGUCCAGCCCAUGGAUACAGAGGUAAUGUUCAUGUGACAAGUGCUACACCAGUAAAAGAUUAUGCAUUUGAAAUGAAAAAUUCAACAAUAAGGUAUGGCUUGGGAGUUACCAGGGAAAUUGGAAUGGAUUUAGUCAAUUUUGGCGCAAAAAAUGUAUGUGUCAUGACAGACUCUAACCUUGUAUCCUUGAGUCCUAUUAAAUCAGUACUAGAAUCUCUAACUAAGAAUGGCAUAAAUUACCAAGUAUAUGAUAAAGUACAUGUUGAGCCUACUGAUACAAGUUUCAAAGAUGCUGUAAGGUUUGCCAAAAAUGGCAAGUUUGACAGUUUUGUAGCUGUGGGUGGUGGUUCUGUGAUGGAUACAUGUAAAGCAGCUAAUUUGUACUACAGUGACCCAGAGGCAGAUUUUCUAGAUUAUGUUAAUGCACCCAUAGGGAGAGGGAAACCUGUUACUGUACAAUUGAAGCCCAUGAUUGCUGUACCGACAACGAGUGGGACAGGUAGUGAAACGACAGGCACCAGUAUAUUCGAUUUCGAGGAGAUACAUGCUAAAACUGGCAUAUCGCACGCUGCGCUGCGGCCACAUCUUGCCAUAAUAGAUCCCCUCCACACUUUGACAUUGCCACAGACUGUGUCCAACUAUUCUGGUUUUGAUGUUUUUUGCCAUGCUCUUGAAAGUUUCACUGCUAUUCCGUACAAUGAGAGAGGUCCAGCACCAUCAAAUCCCGCUUUAAGACCAACAUAUCAAGGAAGCAAUCCUAUAUCAGAUGUUUGGGCGAGGUUUUGUUUACAGGUUAUACAAAAGUAUUUCACCAGAUCUGUAUAUAAAGGUGAUGAUAUAGAAGCCCGUUCUAGCAUGCAUUUGGCUUCAACGAUGGCAGGAGUGGGCAUAGGCAAUGCGGGUGUGCAUCUAUGCCAUGGUCUUGCGUAUCCCAUUGCGGGUAACGUGAAAACAUUUGUAGCUAAAGACUAUGGUACUGAGCCUAUAAUACCCCACGGGUUAUCAGUAGUAGUGACUGCGCCAGCUGUGUUCCGUUUCACGGCAGCCAGUGACCCUGAGAAACAUCUAGAAGCUGCCAAUCUUCUCGGCGCAAACACAACAGGCAAGAAACUUGCGGACGCGGGUGCGGUAUUAUCUGACGUAAUACUUAAAUACAUGGAUGCUAUGAAAAUUGAGAAUGGUCUCAGUGAGCUUGGGUAUUCUAGUGAUGACGUACCGAAUUUAGUUAAGGGAGCUUUACCACAGCAACGACUUCUGCAGUUAACUCCUUUGCCGCAAUCAGAAGAAGACUUAACUAAACUACUGGAAGAUUCCUUGACUGUAUAUUGAGGUAUGAAUACGGAGACUGAAAGGAAAUAUUGAGUCAGAUUCGAAGGUAGCAUAAGGAUAUAUUUUGGAUAUUUUACAUCAAUAUAUUUUGUAGAUAAAUAGGAAAUAAGAAAUGUAUUGAUAUAUAAGUAUCAAUAUUUUGUUUACAUUUACAUGUACAUUUAGUAUAGACUUUGUUACUUGUUAUAAUCGCAAUAAAUAUUAUUUUAUGU